AUGACCGCCACAGCGUCACCAAGUCCGACAUUCACAUCAGCACAGGCAAGCGACAUCACCAGUCCAUCAACCCCGGGAGGUGGUGGGCUCUCUCCGUCACUCGAUCUCCAGAGACAAUGCUCGCCGUAUCCCGAUAUCUUCGGAGCCCUGAGAUCGCUCGACGAGAACUGCCUCUCAUCACUCCCCGCGAGUUCUUUCCCAGAUUUAGACGAGCUCUUCGCCUCGGCAGUAGGAAUUCCUCUAGAACAGCAAGGUGAUGCAGCCACCUUCUUUGACUUCACCCUCGACGACACUCGCACGUGUCCAUUCCCUGCCCCGGAGCUCAUCACGCACCCUACAUCUCCCACAUCUGCAGUGCGACCUCACAUCGAUGCCACGCCGACGAUCAGUCGUCCAACCUCGGCCGCCUGCCAAUGCUUGGCUCGUGCUCUUGCGCUGCUAGCCGAUCUCUCCCCAGGCAAUCCGGGGUGCGGCAACGAUCCGGGUGCCACCACGUCCCCACUGCCCGAUUUCGAGCGGGUUCUCGCCCAAAACGAGCAGACCAGUGAGACCGUCCGGAGAAUUCUACAAUGCAACUGUACCAACGACAGCUAUCUCCUCAUCACCCUGUCGCUCGUAGUUUUCCGGGUCAUCGCCUGGUACACCGCGGCCACGGGCGCGGCCUCCGGCGAGGACCCACUCGAGCCCGUCCUGCAGGGCCCCCCCUCCUCCACCGACUGCGCAUGCGAGGAUGAACAGCGCAUUGCCGUACAGCGCAUCCUCUCCAAGCUCGCAGGCGUCCAGGCAUCCGUCGAUCUGCUGUCACAGCGGCUGCGCCGCAUCUCGGAAACGGCGGGGGAGGAGCCGCAAGACACCUGUGACCCUUCGCUGCACAUGACCGGCCCCCUUGCAGGAGGCAUCCAUGCGUUUUUAAAACCUUUCUCGCCCGGCUUGGUGAACACGCUGGAAGCCGAUCUGCGGAAGCGUCUCUGUGACCUGUCAAGGGCUAUUGUGGACCGCUUGCGGAGGUGA